UUUAUUUAUUUACUUCAUCAUUUUCAUUAGAUAUUCCUUCUCCACGUUCCUUCUCACUGUACUUCUCAACCCUCUCCAUCAAUCCUUCAAACUCCCCUUUUCACUCGAUCUACCAUUUCUCUAAUUUCCCAGAUUUUUUUCUUUCAAAUAAAACCUUGUGUCUUUUUUAAUUCAAUCCUUUCUGCUACCAGGAUCUCUUUGCUGGCGAAAUUCGGAUUGUGUUAACUCGAGAUGUGAUUGGAUUUGGAUUUGGAUUUGCAAAAGGGGCAAUUCAAUCUUCGAUCUUUAUCAAUCAUGGACACAAGCAGUGUCACAGAUGGCAGCUCCUUUUUAAGUUUGUUUGCAGCUGUAUCAUAUGGGAUUGCUUCCAUGGCUAUGGUUUUUAUCAACAAAGCAAUUAUUAUGCAGUAUGCACAUUCUAUGACGCUUCUUACUUUUCAGCAAUUGGCCACUUCCCUGCUCAUUCACUUUGGUCGAAAAUUGGGUUAUACGAAAGCCAAAGGGGUUGAUAUUACCACAGCUAAAAGGCUUCUCCCUGUUUCUUUGUUUUACAAUGCAAAUGUGGCAUUUGCGCUUGCAAGCUUGAAGGGGGUUAAUAUUCCUAUGUAUAUUGCUAUAAAGAGGCUAACACCUCUUGCUGUUCUCAUUGCUGGAUUCUUUUCUGGAAAGGGAAAGCCUACAACUCAGGUGAUCCUUUCAGUAAUUUUGACUGCUGUGGGAGUAAUUGUAGCUGCCAUUGGAGAUUUUUCUUUCGACUUACCCGGAUACACCAUGGCCCUAACUUCUGUGUUUUUCCAGACCAUGUACCUCGUGUUGGUGGAGAAGUCUGGUGCAGAAGAAGGGCUUUCUUCAAUAGAGAUAAUGUUCUAUAACAGUUUUCUUUCUCUUCCAUUUUUGCUAUUUCUCAUCAUAGCGACCGGAGAGUUCCCGAAUUCUUUGGCAUUGUUACUUGCAAAGAGCGAUUCUUUCUGGUUUUUGUUCAUCCUAGUUCUUUCAUUGGUGAUGGGCAUUGAUCUUAACUACACCAUGUUUUUGUGUACCAUAGUUAACUCUGCUCUAACCACAACCAUUGUCGGAGUACUCAAAGGUGUCGGAUCCACGACACUUGGCUUUGUCUUUCUGGGAGGUGUGCAAGUUCACGAUUUGAACUUGACCGGACUGGUCAUAACACGGCGGGAGGGGUGUGGUAUUCGUACUCCAAAUACCAGCAAAGGAAGAUUAAAGCGGUCAAAGUGAUGUCGGAUUUGGAAUCGCAUCGAAAGUAAACUAAACCCAAUUUUACAUGUUUAAUGCCUAGUUGGUUUCGAUUUUACAUUUCAAGUGUUUUCUUUGCAUACCAUUGUGUCAUUCAUCAAGUGAUGAUUGAGAAACAAUAUUGUUUAUGUUCCACUGCAUUCCUUUUGAGCAUAUGAUAUGGUAAAGGAGACCAUUAGAGGGAU